AUCUGUCACUUCUUUUCUUUUUUUUUACCUCUUGGCUUCUGGCAGUUUGAGGAAACAAGUGUAUAAAGCGGCCGAGUGUGCGCAGAGCAGCAUCCGCGCUCCUGGAGGAGCUUUCAGCAUCUUUUUCUGAUUUCCUCAAAAAAACUGGAGGACAAAGAGAAGUUCAAUCACUCCCUUCAACAUGGCUCUUAUCUUCGUUUCUCUCGUUCAUGCUGUUCUGCUUAUGGAUGUGGUUACAGUGAACCUGGUGGACUCAUCGAAGCAGGAGACGGCAGACGGAGAAGAGAGGGACAUGGUGGAAAUAAACAUGUUUAAAAUGUAUGAAAAGUUCAGCAAGGAGCCUCACAGACACAGAGAGGAGAACACAGUCAGGAGCUUCAGAGCAGCUUCAGCAUCGUCCAACAACAAGGUACUGUUCUAUGUCAACCUGACCUCCAUCCCAGAGUCAGAGGUGAUUCUGUCCGCAAGCCUGCACUUCCUCGACCAGCACAUCCGUCAGCGGCCCUGGAGCUGCCGGCGACCCCGAGGACCCUCGUGCCGCUCCCAGCACCUGCAGUCGUCACCCCCUGUGCAGCUAAUCCUUCGAGGAACUUCUGCCUCCAUGUCUGUUUUGGGAAACAUUACAUUGCCCCUUCUCAGAAAAGGACCUUGGCAGAUGAUAGAUGUGUCUUCAGUUGUCCAGCAGGCGCACGCUCGAAGUGACCUCUUGAUUUCCGUGGAGUUUUACUCUGGUGAAAGGCACCAGUGGCGGCACCCCAGUUUGCCGUACGUUCUCGUGUAUGCCAAUGACCUGGCCAUAACCGAGCCCAACAGCAUCGCCAUGAGCUUGCAGAGGUACGGCCCUUAUCCUGUGGGGGAAGGGAGAGGAACUAGACCACCGUUUGCCACUCCGAGCUCCAGAAUCAGAAGAAAUGCCGAAGAUUUGCAGAACAACUUUCUUCCUGAUGUCCAGUACCACGAUCUCAAACACAAGGACCUGUGGUACAGCACUUACUUUGCGCUAAAGCCCAAAGCCUCGCCCAAGAGCCACGGCCACGAGGUGAAAAAUGAAGGGAGCGCGUCUCAGGAGCUGAGCUUUGACGAGAGGACCAUGAAAAAGGCUCGUCGCAAACAGUGGAGCGAGCCUCGAGUGUGCGCCAGACGUUACCUGAGGGUGGACUUUGCGGAUAUAGGCUGGAGUGAGUGGAUACUGGCCCCGAAAGCAUUCGAUGCCUACUACUGCGCAGGAACGUGUGGAUUUCCCAUGCCCAAGGUCGUCCAUCCCUCCAAUCAUGCCACCAUCCAGAGCAUCGUGAGGGCUGUGGGCAUCGUCCCCGGAGUUCCCGAGCCUUGCUGCGUCCCUGAGAAGAUGAGCCCACUAGCCGUGCUGUUCCUGGACACCAGCAGGAACAUGGUGCUGAAGGUCUACCCCAGCAUGUCUGUGGACACCUGCGCCUGCCGAUAAGGAAACGAGGAUGAGGCAGAAAACAAACUCUACAGGAGAAAAUGGACAAACCUGCCGAUGUUUUGACUGCUCGAGGCGAGAAACGCCGUCCGCUGCUCAGACGUAACAACUUCAGACACACUAUUCAGUGACUGACCACACUCAAGACCUAAAAACCUCAAAAACUGUGACAACAAAAUCAGACGGAUGACCAUUUUGGGUUUCCGUUGUAAUUUAUACAGUGACCAACUGUAAAGAGUAGCAACAUAACCAGAAUUCAUCGGUUCUCCUUCUCCAAUAUCCUCCUAAGUUUGUUCUUAAGUGUGUUCUUGAGAAAGGUUCUAAGAAAAAAGCAGAACUGUUCUCACCUUUGUGCUCUUCAGUGUUUGUAGAUUCUAUUCUCAAUUAAGAACAAAUCCUACAUAAGAGAACAUUGGUGAGUCAGA